CCAUUUUCUUUGUCAAGUCAAACGACGACGACGACGAGGAUAGAAAAAAUUUUAUUGAGCGAUUACGUUUGAGUUGGGAGUGUAAGUGCAAAAUAGAGUCGCAUUUGUGGUAUAGAGUCACAGUAUCAACUAUUAGAAAAAAAUUGUUUUAACAGUUUUUAAUUUCAAAGAAGUUUGAAAUAGUUUUGUGUAUUAAUUAACAACUGAGGAAUAAUGAAUGAAGAAUAUGACGCUAUUGUCCUGGGCACCGGCCUAAAAGAAUGUAUCCUGAGCGGUAUGCUUUCAGUGUCAGGAAAAAAGGUAUUGCAUAUUGAUCGGAAUAAAUAUUAUGGCGGUGAAUCGGCUUCGAUAACGCCAUUGGAGGAACUGUUCCAGCGUUAUAAUAUUGCUGCGCCAGGUGAUAAGUAUGGGCGCGGCCGAGAUUGGAACGUAGAUCUCAUACCCAAAUUUCUAAUGGCAAACGGGCAGCUGGUAAAACUACUGAUACAUACGGGCGUUACCCGCUAUCUAGAAUUCAAGUCAAUUGAAGGUAGUUAUGUCUAUAAAGGCGGAAAAAUAUCUAAGGUACCUGUGGACCAAAAGGAAGCACUCGCUUCAGAUCUUAUGGGCAUCUUUGAAAAACGUCGGUUCCGCAAUUUUUUGAUUUAUGUACAAGAUUUUAAGGACGACGAUCCAAAAACAUGGAAAGAUUUCGAUCCAACUAAAGCAACCAUGCAAGCACUCUAUGAUAAAUUUGGCUUAGAUAAAAAUACACAAGAUUUUACUGGUCAUGCCUUGGCCUUGUUCCGCGAUGACGAAUAUUUGCGUGAUCCUGCUGUGAAUACCAUUAGACGCAUAAAACUAUAUUCUGAUUCAUUGGCACGAUAUGGAAAAUCACCAUAUUUAUAUCCAAUGUAUGGCUUGGGUGAAUUGCCGCAAGGCUUUGCACGUCUUUCUGCAAUUUAUGGCGGUACUUAUAUGCUCGAUAAGCCAAUUGAUGAAAUUGUUCUUGGUGAAGGUGGUAGAGUAAUUGGUGUACGAUCAGGUGAUGAAGUCGCCAAAUGUAAGCAAGUCUACUGUGAUCCAAGUUAUGUUCAAGAAAAGGUUCGCAAGAAGGGUCAAGUUAUACGCUGCAUUUGCAUUUUGGACCAUCCAGUUUCUAACACUAAAGACGCAUUAUCCACUCAAAUUAUCAUUCCACAGAAACAAGUCGGUCGAAAAUCCGAUAUUUAUGUUUCCUUAGUUAGCUCCACUCACCAAGUUGCGGCCAAGGGUUGGUUUGUCGGCAUGGUAUCGACUACUGUUGAAACUGAUCAGCCUGAAAACGAAAUAAAGCCUGGUCUUGAUUUACUUGAACCAAUUGCACAAAAAUUUGUUACGAUCUCAGACUAUUUGGAGCCUGUUGACAAUGGCAUUGAGUCGCAAAUAUUCAUCUCAGAGUCAUACGAUGCCACUACACACUUUGAAACCACUUGCCUAGAUGUGUUAGAUAUAUUCAAGCGUGGUACUGGAGAAGAUUUUGAUUUUUCAAAAAUUAAACAUGAACUUGGAGAUGAGGAGCAGUAAAAUAUUUAUCAGUUAUCAGAUAUCAGAUGUCAAAUAUGGUGAUGGUAUCAGAAUCCCUAAAUAUAUCCAUAUAAAUAAAAAUGUGACUACAAAAAAAAAAAGAAAAAUAAUUAAGAAAGAAUAAAAAACGAAAUUAAACAUUAUAUACACAUAUAUAUCUUAUACUUUCAACUAUGAAUGCUUAUAAAUUUAAUUCAGAUCAAUAAAUAAAGUUAAAGAUAAAGCAAAAUGAAUCUAUUAGUUGAUUGAAAAGUUUUGUUACAAUUUUAAAUUCAAUACCAAAUUCUGGUAAAAUUAAUGUCGCAAAAUCAUCCGAACUGAUAUAAAUUUUUUUUCUAUUUCGUAAAUUGAAAAAUCUUAACUUACGGUUAUGAAAAAAACUUUAAAAAAAAAUCUCUUAAACAAACGUGAGAUAAAUUUGAAAGUAAAUGAAUAAUAAAAUUAAUUUUAUACAUAUUUUCUGUUUUUUAAUCAUUGCAAAUAAAACUACAUAAUAUAUUUUAAAAUCAAAGUAUAUAAUAUAUGAAAUAAAUAUAAUUUAAUAGAUUGAAGAUGAUGGAAAACAAAUAAUUUACAAUUUACAUAUAUAUUUAUGCUUAAUAUGUGUAAUGUACAAUUUGUUCAAAAUCAAAAGAACACUGCUAUUGUUAGACGAAGUACCCAAACACAUGCCCAUAUUUAAAAUGCUUUCCUAUUAGCUGUGUGUUCUGUCAAAAUAAAAUAAUGAAUAAUGAAGAGAAAUUUUAAUUCAAUUUAAAUAAAUAAAUAAACUAAUAU